AUGUCGGAUUCAGCAAUUAAAUGGGUUUCUUCGCUGCAUGAAUUGGAAGGCCAACCAGAUAAGACACCCAUCGAGAUACAAUUCAUCUCUGUUUUGACGUCAGUUACUUCUACCUGUAACUACUAUCUAUUACAAUUACAAGAUUUCAACGAAAAUAAUGACUGUUAUAAAGUUAAAGUUAGAUUCAACUGUUCGACCUCGUGUAGGUUAGCUAGAAUAACAAUUUCAUUAAUCUAUCAUUUUUUUGAUAUAAAUAUGUAUGGGAAGAUUACCAUGGACAUUGAAGACAUGCAUUUGAGAAAAUUAUGUUUCGUUAAAUGCACAGCUACUUAUAUUUCAAGUAAGGGGAAGUCAGCUCUGUAUCUAAACGAUAUAGAACCAAUCAGGUUGAACGAUGCUAUUCUGGCAACCAAAGAGAAAGAUCCUGCUGGGGAGAAACUCUCGCAAUUAUUUAAUGACUUGAUUAGGUACGAAGAGUCACCUGAAAAUGAAUUUAAAUUUACAAAAUUAAGUGGAUCCACCAGUGAGCUUUUUGAUUUCAUAGAAAAUCUCAAAUUCAACGCAAUAAAAUCGAAAUUAAAGGACACUCUUUUUUCCAACCUUCUGAUGCAACGAGUUAACGAUGAUUCUCAAGACACAUUUAGCUCGCAGGCUUUGGAUUCACAACAGCCAAGUACAAUAUUCUUGACUUCAAAGAAUGCUAUGGCAUCUCAGGACUUAAAAUCAACUGCAAAUGAUAGUUUUGAGAGUUGUGAGGAAGUACUACCAAUGGUUGAAGAAAUAGUACCAAUGAUUGAAGAAAUUGAGUCUGAUUCAAAUACAUCAGCAUGCUCACAACCUCGAAAAAAAUCUAAGCUGGACACUCAAUCCAGCAGUGCGAUUGUAGCUACUGCCUUGGAUAGCCAAUCCUUUGAACCAUGGAGUUUGCAAUCACUUUUGGCUAGUACCGAUGAUAGCCCAAAAACAAUCAGAUGUAAAAUCGCUUAUCAUACAUCUGAUUGCUCAAGGUUAUAUAUCACUGAAGUGGGAAGUAAAGAAAUCAAUAAUUUGAACCCAAUGGUAAAUUGUUUAGAAAUUCACUGUGACUUCCAAUUCUCAUUGAAGGAAAGUUCUAUUGCUGUCAUUGAAAUUGUUAGGAAAAGAUGGAUUUUUUUGCAUAAUAACAAUGAUAAUGUUAACGUGCAUUCCUAUUAUUGGGGGUUGAGUAAAUUUGAAAAUGGUGAUUAUAGAGUGAUUGAUAAAGAAGUAGCUAAACCUCGUACAAGUAAGGAUCCAUUAAUCCUGUUUAAGGAUUUACAACUGAAACUAGGUGAAGUAAAGUAUGCAGACAUGAUGGGUCUUUUGGUCUCUUGCUCUUUUGAGAAAAGUUCAUUUACUUCCAUGGUCUUUACAGAUUUUACAACUAAUGAUAUUGAGCAAAAAUAUUUGUUCGACAGGUUCAUAGUUUCAUUUGAUAACAAAUUACAAACAAAUGAAGGUUAUAGAGUAAUUAUGUAUUCGAAUCAAUUUGAUCAAUUUAAUAGAGCAGUUAAAGAAAAAUUAGGUACCGAAGAUAUUAGAGAAAUGAUGAAAUACAAUGAAGCCAAUCUAACUCACUGUGGGAUUGUGUGUAAAUUAUCUUUGAAGAUCCAGUUUUAUAAUAACAAAUUGAACUUAAUUGCUAGGGCUAUUGAACCGGUGCUGUUUAACACUUUUAUAGACCGUGAUACAGAAGAAAGAAUGGCCCUCACAUACAUUUACAACAGUCUAGCACGAUUCAUUUCUUUACAAGACCUGGAACCUUACUCAUAUGUGUAUUCAAAGUGUUUCCCAAUCAGGAAAAGUUCACAAGGAUAUAUUACGAUGGAAUCGCCAAAUAUGUCUGAUGGAGUUGAAGCAGUUCCAGAAUAUGAUAACGUUAGGAAGUAUGCAAAUAUCCCUAGACUGAACUCUAAUGUAAUAAAUUAUAAGAUAAUCGACGAAAAUGACAUUGCUACUUUAAACAUGAUAAGAAAUGCAGAUGAUAUGACGUUAUUUAAUAUCACUGCCAAAUUGAUCGAAUAUGACAUAGAUGACGAAGAUUUUGUUAACUUAUACGUAACGGAUGAUCUAAUAUCAAAGAAGACCAUAGACCCCAAUAGAAUUCUUAAAAUUCAAAUUUUUGGCAGAGAUAACAUCAAUUAUUUCAAAGGAAACAAUCAAUUAGGAAUAAUUGGAAGAGAGCUAGUCGAUUGUCAGUUGAACUUUAAGAUAGUUAGAAGUAUGGUGAAGUUGAAUGAAUACACAAGUAUAGUAAGUUGGUGUCCUAUAGAAUGUACACUAGAAGAAUUGAAGUACCAACUAGAAUUGAAGACGCGGAAGGCGUCUUCAGCAACUCAAGAAAUAUCUAUUAAAUUAGAAGAAUCAGCGAACUACGCCAUACAGCCUAAAGUGGAAGUCCUUCGAUAA